AUGGGCGUCGGCCUCCUCUACUCGACCACCACCGGCAACACCGAGACCGUCGCGGGCUACCUGUCGGCUGAGAUCGGCGUGGACGCGGUCGACAUCGCGGACGCCGAGGACCUCGCGUCCUUCGACGGCCUCAUCAUCGGCGCGCCGACGUGGCACACCGGCGCCGACUCGGAGCGCUCGGGCACCGCCUGGGACGACUACCUCUACGGCGACCUCACCAGCGCGGACCUGAAGGGCAAGAAGGUUGCCAUCUUCGGCCUCGGCGACCAGGCGCGCCCCACGCCUCUCGCCCACGCCUCGACACACGCGCAGCCCCCCCACUCCCGCCGUCGCCCUCCUCCCGUGCAGGCCGGCUACGGCGACAACUUCUGCGACGCGAUGGACGAGCUCAAGUCGUGCUUCGAGAAGCAGGGCGCAGAGGUCAUCGGCGCGUGGUCGGCGGACGGCUACGACCACACCGAGUCCAAGUCCGAGGCGGGCGGCACCUUCGUCGGCCUCGCGUGCGACGAGGACAACCAGCCGGACCAGUCCGAGGAGCGCGUCAAGGCGUGGGUCGCGCAGCUCAAGUCGGAGGGCAUGCCCCUGUAA